CCGGCAGCAGGCGGGAUGGGAACCGGACGCUUUUACUUUCAUUCUACGGGGAAAACUGAAAAAAAAAGCAAAACUGGGAAUUUCCCUGACCGUCACCAUGAGUUUAAAAGGCACCGGGCGGCACUGCACCAGCAGAGCAGGCGAGACGGCGCGGAGACAGCGGAGCCGGACAAAGGGAACAGUGCUGAUGGUCAAGAGCUGAAACUCAAGGAUCAUUUUACUCAGGAGCUGGAUGGCACGGCAUGCAAUAGAAGCUGGACCCCUUUGCCUUCACCGCCUCUGAGAGCCGCACAUCCCACCAUGGCUAAAACAGCAAUGGCUUACAAGGAAAAGAUGAAGGAGCUGUCCAUGCUCUCUCUGAUCUGCUCCUGUUUUUACCCGGAACCUCGCAACAUGAACAUCUAUAAAUAUGAUGACAUGGAAGUGAAACAAAUCAACAAACGUGCCUCAGGCCAGGCCUUUGAACUGAUCCUAAAGCCGCCAUCUCCAGUCUCAGAAGCACCACGAACUUUAGCUUCUCCAAAGAAGAAAGAACUCUCUCUUGAGGAGAUCCAGAAAAAGCUGGAGGCUGCAGAGGAGAGGAGAAAGUCCCAGGAGGCCCAGGUGCUGAAACAUCUGGCAGAGAAGAGAGAACAUGAGCGAGAAGUGCUUCAAAAAGCUUUGGAGGAGAACAAUAACUUCAGCAAAAUGGCAGAGGAAAAGCUGAUACUGAAAAUGGAACAGAUCAAAGAAAACCGUGAAGCUAAUUUAGCUGCUCUUAUUGAACGUCUCCAAGAGAAGGAGAGGCAUGCCGCAGAGGUCCGUAGAAACAAGGAGCUCCAGGUGGAACUGUCUGGCUGAAAACAGCAAUGGUGGAUGUGACCCACCCCCACCAUUAGUAAACUCCCCCUGCCUAUAUUAUUAUGGAUCAUGCGAUAUCAGUAUGGGAAAUGUAUGACAUGGUUUAAAAAAAAAAAAAUCAAGAACUCAAUAAAAAACUUUAAAAAAAAAAAAGAAACAAAAAUAAAAACAAAAUUGAUGCGG